UCUCUCUCUCCCCUCCUCCUUUCUUGUUCUCAACAGUCUGAAAAACUGCAGUUGCGUUUUGUUUGGUUAAAAUGCAUUUUAAGUGCCGCCCAGUCGGCUCAUCGGGCUGUUUGAAUUUUGUGUUCGGCAGAGGAAGGGGGGUGGGGUCCGUCCGUCCUCGUUGGCGAUUGGUCGUCUUGAGCCACAUCCAGCUACAGCUACACGGAAGUUUCUUAGCCCAGCGCCGGGAGUUACUCCAUCUUAAAGUACUUCUCGAUAGGAAGCGAUCUGCGCAGGUUGUUCGCAACGAGUAGACAAGAGAGUAUUAAAUUUCGACUCCCUUCUUUUUACUUCUGUUUUUCCUAUGAUUUUGUUUUACCCCAAAGCAAUGGUUAUACAUCGUUUAAACUCCAGUCUUUGUGGUCUGCAUACUUUUAACAAACUAUGAACUUGUGAAACGGUUGCAAUUUCGGCCGUUUGUUUGAUAAUUCUGCCAAAUCACUGACCUCUAGUGUCUUCAGCUAGAAUCGCAGCAUUAGUACUGUACAGGACUGCCCUCACGUAGCUUGUGCACAGAAAGAGGGUGAGGUACUGCAAUAUAACGCUCAUUUUUCAAAGAGGUGUGCAAAAAAAAAAGAGAAAAUAUCUUAAGAAAUCGUCGUUAAAUUGUCAAUUGAAAUUUAAAUAACCACGACUCAUUUUAAAAGGAAAUGACGGUUACAAUACUGAAAAUGAUGUACAAAUAAAGAAGUUCAGAUUGGUUUAUACAGUUCAUAUAAUUCGACAUUCAUAUAACAGCAACAAACCAAAUCCGCACGAUUUUUAAAAUAAGUUAAAAAUACAUUUCCCACACACCCCUGCUACACCGACUUUAAGUGACGUAUAAUGCAUGCGCCUGUUUGGAAGUUGGAGACAGUCUUUUUCCCCACAAUGGCACUGUUUCCAGCUUUUUCGGGAUUGUCGAGUAAUAAAGCUCCAGACAGUAAAAGUUCAUCGGAAGGGUUGGAUUGGCUAAGCAAUCAAAGCUUCCGGACCGAGGAUGCGUUAACCCUGCACCGGCUGGUGGUUGAGGAGGCUGACGAGAGCACACGGAGCCCCACAGAUCCCAGGUUUUCUGUGGAAAACGAGCUUUCAGAUGGAAGAGAGGAUGAGGAUGUCUCCCAGUCCAGGAAAAAGAAGAAGAAAAAGAAGGAAAAGAAAAAGCAGAAGAAGAGGAGCAGCGAGGGGGAUGCCGGCCUCAUCUUUCCCAGUGAUCUCUUAAGGAGUGAACAGGAGGCUGAUGGGAAGAGACAGGAGAAGCAGCUUCUUCCUGAAGGCACCUUCAGAUGGGCUGAUGAGUUCCAGGCUCCUCCGGAGCUGCCGUUCUGUGUUGAUAAGAAAGCAGACCCAGCCAACUGGGAGUACAAGUCCCUCUACAGAGCAGACAUCGCCAGGUAUAAAAGGAAGGGUAACUGCCCCCUUGGCCUGAACCCAAAGACGCAGGGUGUAACGUGGGACGAUUCGGCUUCGGAAAAGAAGAAGGGUGAGAAAAGGCAGGCGCAGGAGCGGUACUUCUCCAGGGCCGGCCGUCAGCUGCUGAGCGCCGAGGGAGCUCCUGUCCGCCCCCGCGCGGAGCCGCCGUCUCCCAGGGGCGGCUUCCUCCCGCUGCCCGACUGCCCCGAGGAGGGCGCCAGCGCGGCGGCCGCCCCCUCCUGGCUCAACCCCCUGGGGAUCUACGACAGCUCCACCGCGCUGUGGCUGCAGGGCAAGGGGCAGCCAGAGGGAGAGGCGCCGCCGCCUGGUGCCCUCUGCGCUGCAGGGCCGGCCGCGAGGGCGGAGGAGUACAACAGGAGACUGCGAGAGAACCCCGCCGACGUGCAGACCUGGAUGGAGUUCGUACGCUUCCAGGAUGAGCUGAUGGCCGGACCCAGCGCCUUCAGCAUGACGGAGAGCGACUCUGACAAGGGGAAGAGAUCCCUCAGGGUGACCGUGGAGAAGAAGGUCUCCAUCCUGGAGCGAGCCAUCGAGAGCAGCCCGGGCAGCGUGGAGCUCAAGUUAGCCCGGCUGGAGCUCUGCCAGGAGCUCUGGGAGCCCUCCACCCUGCUGAAAGAGUGGAAAAAGCUCAUCUUCCUGCACCCCAAUAACACAGAGCUGUGGAGGAAGUACCUGGUCUUCAGCCAGAGCCAGUUCAGCACCUUCUCGGUGUUGAAGGUGAACGGUGUUUAUGGAAAGUGCUUAAGCACUCUGGCUGCUGUGCACGAUGGCAGCAUGGUGUCGCACCCCGCGCUGCCUGGUACCGAGGAAGCUAUUCUAGAGAUGUUCCUGCAGCAGUGCCAGUUCCUGAGACAAGCAGGACACUCCGAAAAGGCUCUGUCCCUCUUCCAGGCCCUGCUGGACUUCACCUUCUUCAAGCCCGACAGUGUGAAGGACUUGCCCACCAGGCAGCAGGUGGAAUUCUUUGAGCCCUUCUGGGACAGCGGGGAGCCCCGAAUAGGAGAGCGGGGUGCCAGGGGCUGGAAGGCAUGGAUGCGUCAGCAAGAAAGGGGCGGCUGGAUUAUACCCACAGAAGCAGACGACGACGACGAAGAUGCGGACGAUGACGAUGGCGAAGUGAAGGACAGGUCUCUGCCGAAACCCCAGGUCUGGCUGGAAGUGGAAGCGUCUCGGGAGGCCAGGCACUGGCUGCCCUGGAGGCCGGACAGGGCCAAGGGCCAGUCGGAGGAGGACUGUGAGGACCCUGACAGACAGGUCUUGUUUGAUGACAUCGGCCCUUCCAUGAUCAGGAUUUCCAAGCCUGAGCUGAGGUUCCAGCUGGUGUGUUCGUUUCUUCACUUCCUUGGGAUUCCUGCGGAGUGCAGCUCCUCUGACCCUUUCUGGAGCAUAUUCCUUGAUAACCUCUCGGUGCUGGAAGAGGGACUGGAAUGGGAGAGGCCCUUAACAUCCCUCUACCCUGAGCAUGCUGGGAUCAGCUCUGUCGGGCACAUGACCACUCUGCGCAGUGCCAAGAAGCCCAUCGGCCUCUGCAAGCAAGGAGAAGAGUUUGUGCAGAAUGUGUUCCAGCAGUUAUUACCACUGUGCUCUUCAGAGGAAAAGUCCCUUCUCACACUUUACUGGAUACAGUACGAGAAGUUAAAGGUGCUCAGGUGUCUGCAGAGCAACCAGAAGAAGAGGCUGAAGUCCCAGGGGAAGAAGAGCAAGCGACUGGCCAAGAGUCUGCUGAAGGUGCCGGAGAACCGGAACUGCCUGGGCCUGUGGAGGCAGUACGCCCACCUGGAGUGGCUGCUGGGGAACCUGGAGGACGCCCGCAAGGUCUUCGACACCGCCAUUGCCAUGGGAACCGGCCGGGGGCUGCAGGACGCCGCGCUCUGCGAGCUCUGCUUGCUGUACGCCCAGCUGGAAGUGGAAGCAGCGGAGGGCGCGGCCGCCGGGGCCUCUUCCCGCGCAGCCUACAUCCUGACCAAGCUGGCCGAAGGCGGGCCCUACUCGGAGUACGAGGGACAGGUGUCCCCGGUCGGCGUCCUCAAGGCCCGCAAAGCCUACGAGCAUGCCUUUCUGGACGUCUCGUCCCGAACCGCAGACGGCCCUGUCCAGCCCGGGACUCUCGGUAGAGCUGUGAGCGUCGCCGGCUGUUUUGCUUUGUUUCAGUACCUGACCAUGGGGAUCGAGGCCGCGGACAAGGUCUACAGGCAGGCAGGUGAGCGAGUGGCCGAGGGCCUCUCUACGAAGACGUCGGCCCGCCCCUCGGAGCUGGAGACCCUGGCCCUCAUGCAGGCCACGCUGCUCAGGUACCACAUGAAGGUCAGCGUGUUCCCGGUGCGCCCUCUCAGGGAGGCUCUCACCGCGGCGCUCCGGCGCUCCCAGGGCAGCGCGCGGCUCUGGAAGCUGUACGUGCAGCUGGAGAGCCGGUACCACAGCGCCAGCCGGGCCCGGAGGUUCUUCCACAGCGUCACCAGGAGCACCGGCAGCGUCGUGCCCUGGCUGUUCGCCAUCCACGCGGAGCAGCAGAGGAAAGAGCUCGUCGAUUCUGUGCAGAGGGUGGGGGGUGAAGAAAUGCACUCCACCAUACCGGAGAACGGACUGAGCAACCGAAUAAGAGUUCUGUUUGAAAAAGCCAUCGCCAGUGAAAAUGGCUCCCACUGUCCCCUGCUGUGGAGAAUGUACUUGCACUUUUUGGUGUCCCAGGGAAACACAGAGAGGAGCAGAGGGAUCUUUUACAAAGCUCUACAGAACGUCCCGUGGGCCAAGGGUCUGUACAUGGACGCGGUGGCCUAUUUCCCGGAGCGCGUGCAGGAGUUCCUGGACCUGAUGACAGAGAAGGAGCUGAGGCUGCGCGUGCCGAUGGAGGAGCUGGACAUCCUCCUGGAGGACUGAGCCCAGACCCCGGACCCCGCUGGACCAGCUGCAGAAGGCGCGCCCGAGUUCAGUUUGAGCUCUCUGAACCGUGUACUCGGAGUUAAAGGCACCUGCUAGCUCUGCCAGGCCGCGUUCCAAUACUGUAGUCACUUUACCAGCCUCGCGUGUGAAAUGAAGAAAGUGUGCAUUUAAGAAUGUGGUUGUGGAGCUUGUGAGUGGCUCAGACAGUAGUGGUACACACUUUGAGUGCAGGUUGGGCUCCUUGAUCCUCAGAUUAGGAGAUAAGGCCAUGUCAUGUUACAACCCGACUGUGACGGCCACUGAGAGGAGUCAGGCAGGGCUUCAGGGGGUGCCUGCAGUUUGUGGUAACAGCAAUGAUGACAUGCCUCUCCUCCAAUCAGUGCUGAUCCUCCCGUGGGUCACUUCAGAGUGUGCAGAGAGUCAAGAGAUGAUUGGUUGGAUGGCGGACGGGGUGGGAGGAGCCAGGCUAUCCUUCCUCAUUGUUCCCCUGAGCUGCAAAGCGAGACACAAGGAGUCAAAGACUGAGUUUAUAAUUAAGAAUAAGCAGUUUCUAAUUUUAGAAAUGUAGAAAAUUAAUAUGUAUCAUAUUGUAC